CUGGUUACAAUUUUUGUGUCUCAGGAGCUGAUGGCCAUCAAGGCCAGGGUUCAGGAGCUAGAGAUGGAAGAGGAGUCGGAAAGACUGAAGGAGGACGAGAGGUGUGAUGCAGAGGACAUGCAGCUCCUGACCUACAGCCCUCGGCCUGGACCUUUCUACAAUAUGACCCCUGAGGAGAGGAUAGAUGCAGACAACAGAUCAGUAUAUGUUGGAAAUGUGGAUUAUGGAGCAACUGCAGAUGAGUUGGAGAUCCAUUUCAACGGUUGUGGUCCCGUCAACAGAGUUACCAUCCUGUGUGACAGGUUCUCUGGCCAUCCCAAGGGCUUUGCUUACAUUGAAUUCUCUGAUCGAGACUCCGUGCAGAGUGCUAUUGGUUUGCAUGAGACGCUGUUCAGAGGAAGAGUCCUCAAGGUAAUGCCUAAAAGAACCAACAUGCCAGGUAUCAGUACCACAGACCGGGGCGGACACAGAGGAGGCCACUCCAGAGGCAGAGGCCGUGCAUACCGUCCCCCCAGAUACCAAAACAGUUCACGGGGAAGAUUUCGGUACCAAUCAACGAGACCACCUCACCAGUCCCCUCAUCCUUAUUAUGGAGGACCCUCAGGGGGAAAGAGACAGGGCCACAUGGACUACCAUGAACAGACAUCAAAACGGUACCCGUGUCUCCUUCUCAUUACGCCACCAUCGGAGGAGCUGGGGGCAGGCUCGAGUGGACAGCACUACCCUCAUCAGCGCUAG